AUGUUAGGCAAAAGAACAAAUCUGAUGAUCGGAAGAUUGUCGGAAUUGUUGGUGUCGGGCAACCGUGCAAGGUUGAUGGAUGCUAACACCAGUCCAAGAAGUCCGUUGGACUACAAAAUUCAAUCACCAAGAGGCCUAAAGAAUUAUUAUGAUCUUGGUGGGGUUGGAUUGGGUAUUGUUGCAGCCCUUGAUAAGUCUUCUGAGGGGGGCAUGAAGUUUUGCCUAAUUAAUUCUGGCAAAACUUGUAAGAGGUUUAACUGUGGUUUUGAGGAAAUGGAGAUGGAGAGCUUGGAGGACUAUACAUAUGUCACAAUCCAUGGCCCUAAUCAAUCCUUUACAAAGGUGUACUAUGAUGGAGGUGAAUAUGGAAAAAGAGGGCAUCAGAAAUAUGAUAGAAGAUGUGAGAACAUGGGUUUUAUUUCGGUGACUAAGGAAUUGCCGGCCAAAGUUGUCAAAGAUGUUUCAGUAUAUCCCACUUCAGAUUUUCUCAGUUCAUGUCAUUUGUGCAGGAAAAAACUCCAUGGCAAAGACAUUUACAUGUACAGGGGAGAGAAAGCAUUCUGCAGUGUGGAGUGUCGGUCGAGUCAAAUAAUGAUAGACGAGCGCAAAGAACAAUGCAGACCAGAAGUUGCAAGAUCUGCAGAUAUGGUGAACAGACAGAAGUCUGUAUCAAUCCCUGUCCAGUGUCACUGGUUAGCGACAGAUUCCGAGAUUGAUGUGCCAAGUUCGGCACCUCUGCAAUUAUUUGAGACUUUGGAAAGCGAUAAUGCGAAAUUAAGCAGCUCAAUGCUGAUCCACAGAAAAACAACACCAAAAGUUGAUCCAUCCUCGACCCGCAGGAAACCAGAACCAAAAGAGAUGAGCUUCGUCAGACGAAUCCACCUAGGAUACAAUACAAGCCUCUCCACUCAAGAGAUGCAUCAACAAAGGUACAUUAUUAACAGGAAACCCACUUAA